AUGACAGAUGGAAAUAAGUCCAAAGCUUUAGCUAGUUCUAGGCCUGGAAUGUAUGUGUUGAACGAAGAACAUGACUUGAAUGCUAAGAUUGCUAGUUUGCAGAGGAAAGUUGAUGCGAUUCAGAAACCAAAUGUAGUUAAGGUAGUUGAUUCGGUCGAACAUGCUUGUGGUAUUUGCGAAAGUCUUGAACACUACACUAAGGAUUGUCCUACAAUUCCAGCAUUUCAGGAAGUGUUAAAUGACCAAGCAAAUUCCAUGGAUACUUAUAAAAGACCAUUUAGCUCCCCAUAUUCAGAAACAUACAAUCCAAAUUGGCGAAACCAUCCUAAUUUCAGUUGGAGGAAUGGUCCUACAAUGAAUGGUGUUAAUGUUCCCCAAGGGUCUUCAUCUAGUAACCCUUAUGGACAAACACCGAUAAAUCAGAAUGUUACGAAGACUUUAAAUGAGUUGAAAACUAGCAUAGUUAGAAUUGAAUCACGUCUCAAUGUUAGGGAGAAAGGGACAUUGCCUUCCCAAACUCAACCUAACCCAAAAUGCCAAUUUGAGGUUAAAAAUUCUAACUUGGAGCAAGCUAAUGUUGUCACCACUCUUAGAAAUGGUAAGGUGAUUGAGACUCCGAUGAAGUUGGCUGAUAAUAAGGAUAUCCUUGAUGUUUUUCAGCAGGUGAAGAUCAACAUACCUCUCUUGAGUGUGAUUAAGCAAGUUCCAGCUUACGCCAAGUUCUUAAAGGAUCUCUGCACGGUCAAGAGGAAGCACAAUGUACAGAAAAAGGCAUUUCUCACGGAACAUGUAAGUUCUAUUCUUCAACAUAACACUCCUCCCAAAUAUAAAGAUCCGGGAUGCCCUACUAUUUCUUGUAUAAUAUGGGAUUUCAUGAUCAAACAAGCACUUCUGGAUUUGGGAGCUAGUGUAAAUCUCUUACCUUUCUCGGUUUAUGAGCAGUUGGGCUUAGGUGAAUUAAAACCCACCUCGAUCACUCUACAACUUGCUGACAUAUCAGUUAAAGUACCGAGAGGGGUAGUUGAGAAUGUGUUAAUUCAAAUCGAUAAAUUUUACUAUCCGGUGGAUUUUAUCAUUUUGGAUACUCAACAUGAAAAAGCAUUUCAUCUAGAAGCAAAAGUUCCUUUAGAAGAUUGUCUUCCUAAUCUGUUGGAUUUCGAUGAGGAUGGAUAUAUUGAAGAAGUGAAUUCUUCACUGAAUUCAUCCCUAUUGCUAGAUAUGGAUAAGUGGCAGUCUAGAUUUGAGUCAUUUCAAAUUAGUGAGACCGAGCCAUUGUCUCCAUCCGUGGAAUUCCCAAAGCCCGACCUUAAUCCCUUUACUAGUAAACUGAAUUUUGAUGUUUUAGGCCAAAAUAAAGAUGUUAAAGUUUUCAUACCAUCUGAACUUAAUGAGAGACAUAAGACAAUGCAUUCACAUGUUGUUAGGAAGCAUAUAAGUGCCCCAGAAUGUAGUAUUGCGGAAUGA